GCGCGCGCGUUGUCGGCGCAAGGUGUGGGAUUUGCAAAGUUUGGCAUUUCGACAAUGAACCCUGGACAAUUCAAUCGGCGUUUGUAAAGCCGUGGACGCAGGGAUAAUACUGGUUCCUAUAAGUGCUGUUCAACUUGAAUAGCGAUGUGAAUCAAAUUGACCUGCUUUUGAAUGCGUUGUUGUUGUAUUUCAGCUUUGCAAACGGUGUGUUUUUCUGUAGACAGUGGACGGAGUCCUAAAGCUUAACUUGUUUGGAAACAGAGCGGUACCUUCUAACCCUAUCGAAUAAGGGAGACAUGCAAACUUGACUCCUUCAUUGAGCUUCAUACCUCUCCACCAGCCUCCAGCCCCAGAUGAUGCGGACGGACAAUAAAGGCCGGAGCGCCUCCCCCCACAGGAACGCCUACAAGUCUGACCUCCACUCCAUCAAAUACUCCUUGGACACUGUGACCAGGCCGAGACCUACUUCCCUGGGCCUCUCUAUCCCUUCACCUGGCCCCAUGGCAGUCCCUCACACCAGGACCAGCAGUGCCAGUGGCCCUGGUGAGUGUUCUAGGGGUAGGACCCUCAGUCCUAGAGGGACCAAGAUCAGAGACAACAUCUUCCUCCAGAUGGACAGCCAACAGCACCUCAUCCACCCCUUGUCUCAGGCCCUACCCAAAUGCCCUCUCAGCUACAGCUCUGUCCGGAGCAGUGUGACCAGCAUGUCCAGUGUAGAAUCAUCUAUGCUAGAUAAACCGUCCAAGGCCGAGGAGAUAGACAGAGCGGCUCUAGCUCAAAAGUUCUCUGUGACCCGGAAGCUGUUUGAGACGGUCAGCGGGAGUCAAAGUUUAAAGGUCAGCCCUGACAGAGAUAGCAGGGGGUCUGUGGAUGGGAGGGGGGAGGACGGGGGCACGGGGAGAGCAAGGAGCAGGUCAGAACGAGAUGAGCUGACAUCCACGUCAGAAAGCGAAGGCGAGGGGGAGAGGAGGAAAGAGAGGGAGGACAGAAAACCCAUCAACGUACACACACACAUUUCUCUAUCCGACGUAGAACUCCACACACACACUUCAUCACUGGACACCAGCUUGUCUACACACAUUCACCCAGUUAAUGGUCACUCCAUUACAGCUGACCCCUCAGACAGCAGCAGUGUGUGUCGUGGAAGUGUGUUAGAUGGGAGUGUGUGUGAGGACUCUGUGUGCUCCCAUGUAUUCAACCCACCUAGCCCAGCACCCAGCACCCCCCACUCUCAGCCUCCAUCCCAUUCUUAUGACUCCCCUAGUCCUCUCACCCCAGUCUCCCCCUGUUCUGACCAGACUGACUUCUAUGGCCCUAGUAAUCCUAAUGCUGACAACAGGACUUUGUCUGAGGGGAAUGACCCUAGUGAGCUUUACAUGACCCCUGGUGACCCUUUGACCCCCACAGAGGAGUCAGGGGCUAGGACUGUGAGGGCGGAGCUAGUGGAGGUGAAGAACGAGUCGUCUGAGAGCGAAGGGAACGAGGGAGAGGAGGAUGAGGACACCUUAAAGGAAGAAGAGGAGACCACAAAGAAAGAGGAAAGCAAGCGGGAGGAGAGCAAUGUGAAUAACCUGGUGGAUAAUGUGUUUAACCUGGUAGAUGAUGUGUUUGAAGAAUCCAGAGUGGAGCCUAGAAUGGUAGAACAGAGAAUGGUUGAACCGACAGUGCAACCUAAAAUGGUGGAACAGAGAACGGUUGAAGCUCCAGUGGAAAUCAGAAUGGUUGAACCCUCGUUGAGAGAAUGUGUGGAGGGAUUCCAUGACAGUUCUGAGGUGAGAGAGAAGGAAUCAGGGAGAGACAUGUACCAGCAGGAGAUCGAAUGGAGCGAGGGGCAGAUGGCGGAAGAAAGCAGACAGUUUAGAGAAGAGGGGAUGACAGGAAAGAGUGAGAUGGAGAACGAGAAGGUAGGGACGGAAGAAAGAGAUGAGCCAGGAGAGCAGGAGAAAUUUGAGGUGAGAGGAAGCAUGUGUGAUGAGAGCAGAGAGGAGGAAGGGAACGAGGAGGCCGGAUUGGAGGCAAGAGAGGAUCGAGGGAUAGACUUCAGGGUAAAGGAAGAAGUGAGAGAGGAAGAGGAGAGGAAGUGCAGAUGGAGAGUGGAUGUGACGGAUAAGGACGAAGGGAGUGGGUGCACCGAGAGAGGAGAGGAGGAGAAUGGAUCUGCCAUCAUCCUUGAGAUUGAGAAUGAGGCCUUCGCGAAAGACAGGGAACGGGACUCCGCAAGAUGUCUGACCCCAGAUCCAGAGGAGCAGCUCUCUACUGAAUAUGAUGAGAUUCCCGGUCUUCCUCAUGAGGAUAAUGAGGAUUCUGCUAAGACAAGGAAGGUCAAAUUCUCUACAGCACCAAUCAAGGUGUUCCUUACCUACUCUAAUGCGGACUAUGACAGGCGUAACGAUGACGUUGAUCCUGUGUCUGCCUCUGCUGAGUAUGAACUGGAGAAGAGAGUGGACAAGAUGGACCUCUUCCCUGUCCAGAUAGAGAAGGGAGAUGAGGGUCUGGGUAUCAGUAUAAUAGGGAUGGGGGUAGGGGCUGACCAGGGUCUGGAGAAGCUGGGCAUCUUCGUUAAGACCAUCACAGAGAAUGGAGCUACACAACAGGAUGGACGUGUCCAGGUGAAUGACCAGAUAGUGGAGGUGGAUGGGGUCAGUCUGGUCGGAGUCACACAGCUGUUUGCUGCCACUAUGCUGAAGAAAACCAUUGGCACUGUCAGGUUUUUGAUAGGCCGGGAGAAGCAGGGGGAGGAGAGUGAGGUGGCUCGUCUGAUCACUCAGAGUCUGGAGCAGGACAAGAGACCACCUACAGUGGAGUUGCUAAAUGGAGGUGAUGAUGGCGCUCUGGGGCUGAGCACAGUGGAUGAGAGAGAGGAAGAUCUCCUUACAGAGGAUGAAGAUGAGGAAGAGGAAGACCUAACCAGCCUGGACUCAACCCAGCUCUGCCUUAAAUACAAACAGCUCCAAUUAAAGCUCAGGACCAGAUCAGACCAACUCUGCCUAGCCCAGGAGAAGCUGAGGGUUUGUGAGGAGCAGCGGGCCGUGUGGGAGAGUCGUCAGGAUGAGCUGGAGCAGAGUGUCCAGGAGGGAGAGGAGAAGGCUGACCAACUAGAGAAGUACUGGCAGGAGGCCCAGGCUCUGUGCAGGAUUGUGAACCAGCGAUUGGCUGACACUCAGAGCCAAUUCGACAGCCUAGAGGUCAAAUACAGCAAGGCCAAGAGACUGCUGAGGGAAUUCCAACACAGAGAGAAGGAGAGUGAGAGGAGAGAGGAGGAGCUGCGGCGAGAGAUGGAGGAGACCGAGAGGAGACACAGAGAUACCGUGGAUAGACUACAGAGACAGAUUGGUCCCCUGGAGCGAGGGGAGGCGGUCCCUGAGAUUGACAACCAACCGCUGGACACCUCAUUUACCUCAAGUGCAGACUGGAGCAUUGCUGUGCCUGAAACGGGUCGGCUGGACACGAGCGCUCACAGGGCCAGAGCACAGCUCGCCCAGAAAACCAAGAGACACCCUCCCUCACGAGACAAACUCAGAGAGUCCUUCAGGAGACCGGGUGAGGAAGACCAGAUUCAGGCCUGUGACGGGAAGAGCCAAUCUCUGACUGCGAGCACACCCCGAGAAGUGGGACGUUCAUUCUCGGCAGGAGGUGACCGUUUCCACUCCAGCACCACCUCUCUGUCUGCCCUCACCCCCCAGUCCCAUCCCCCAUCCUCUCUCCUCACCCCCCAGCCAGACCAGUCUCCCUCGAAAGAGGACAACUCCUCUGCCACACACAAAUCAAAGAGAAGAUUCCCUGACUUCAGCAGCCUCCGCAAGUCUCUCAGCAGAGGCAGGAAGAGUGAGAAGGAGAAGAACGAGAGAAGGUCCCUGGACCACAGGGGUUCGUGUGGUGACCUGGUAGAUAACCCCAGCAGUGGUGUAUCUCCCUCAGGCUCUGUCACUUCCAUGCCCUCCUGCCUGCCCUUCUCCUGGUUCGGGGAGCGAGGGCGGGAGAGGCUGAAGAGGGAGAGAGAGAAGCUUAGAUCGGUCUCCAGCAGCAGUCUACCCUACAUGACCACCGGGGGCAGUAGAGACUGCCAGAGACUGAGUGUUGCAGACGCAGGGAGUACCAGCUCUGCUCUCCUGUCAGGGAUGCUAUCAGAUUUGUCUCUCUCUGGGCGCUCUCAAACUCUCACCUUCUCCUCCUCAGAGACUCUGGACGGUGACUCUGUCCUAGUUGGUAACGAUAAUCAAUGGCAAAGCCGACCCCUGGACCAAUGGACCAAUCAGCAGGUCUGUCUGUGGUUGAUUGGCAUUAGCAUGGACCAAUAUGCAGCAAAGUUCACAGCCAAUGGUGUGGAUGGGCUGCAACUCCUCAAUCUGGACAACAACAAACUCAAAGCUCUGGGGGUGUGCAGUCAGAGUGACCGUGCUGCUCUGAGAAGAAGGCUGAAGGAGAUGAGGAAGACUCUGGAGAAGGAGAGAGUGAAGGGAAUGGAGAGCGAGGAAAAGGAGAGUGAAGGAAAGGAGACAAGGGAGAAGGCGGGAAGGGAGGACAGGCGUGGUGGUAAAAAGGUCAGAACAGAGUCACUCUGCUGAAGUCUGCACUCUGACCCCUAAACGAUCUUCAAUCACAACUUUUUAUCUGAGAAGUCCUACUUCCAUUAGGCUCACCGCGACUGGGGAAAUAUACUUUAUUUAUUUUUAAGUGUUUUGUUGCUAUGUAUAGACGUUUCUAUAUGCAUGUUGUACAGCUGAUGACAUUUAAGCACUAUAUUGUAUUUUAAGCUGUGAAUGUUUUACAUGCGUUAAUAAAUCAUGUUUCAAUCUUAGACUUAACUUCUGACUGUAAAGACUGCAUUUUAACAUUUAGGUUAAAUUUCAUUUCCACGAUGUAAUAAAAGUAACAAAGUGUAUGAAAGAAAAAAGAUGGAUGUGAAUUUGUACAGGAUGUAAAAACAUUUAUUUAGCAAAAUCAUGGCAAUUUUUCACACUUUUACUUUACAUUGUCAACAGCUGUCACUGGACAAAUCCUCCACGUUAAGUCAUUGAAUGGGCCCUGUUUAAAUACUUCUUCAACAAAAAAAACACAGAAUUUCUUCACUUCCUUGAAAUGAACACUGAUUUAACGUGACCGAUUAGAAGAACCACAAUAUGUAGUUUCCCCACUCACUCACUCUGCUUCACUGGUCCAUCUCAACAAUCGAAUACUUAGAAGUUCACAACGUUUCUCUCUGAGCAGUUAUGGAUGGUGACGUUAGUACAUGGAUAUAAAUAAAACCGAAAGAUUGAAUGGGAAAGCUGUUGAUUAGCUCCUGCUAUAACCUGAUGAAAAAUGGCCCCAGUUAAACAUGAGAAAUGUGUAGAACUGUCCUUACACCCAAAUGGCUUUGAGAUGAUUUGUGAUUUGAGGCAUCCAUCCUUCCAUAUCUUGGAGAAAAAAAACUCAUGAAAAAUGAUUUGGCCAGUGGAGUACUUUGUAGGUAACAUUCUCCUCAUACAAUAAAUACACAUUCUUCAAAAUAUACAAAACAUAUAAAACACUCUAGCCUGUUCCGUAAGUGUACAUUUACAAAACAAUGUCCAGAGCUUUGAAAGAGGGACAGCUGGGAUUCUUGACUCAAAAUGUUAAAGAACACACAACAAUCUUCUCUUUUUGUCCAGUGAUCAACAUGGAUGUUACUAUCAAGAUAAAAUUCAAUCAGACAAGGUACUACUUAAUUGAUCCCCAAAAAGGGACAAUUUGAUGAAUUGUUAUUUCACCUUAUCUAACCUGCUGUUGUACUGUAUCGUCGCCAUCUGUCCUUAAAGUACACAAAUAAAGCUUUUCUACAAAUAGUUUUUUUUCCUACAUUUUUUUUUGUGUCCACACUGUGGCGCGGGGCCUUGGAAUCGUCAGAUCAAUGUCUGUGGGAACGGGAGCUCCAGCGUUCCACCAUUGUUAAGAGUAACUCUCGUUCUCACUCCAGCUCGUUAUCCAGGCUUUCUUUUCCAGACUUCCCAGUUGGUCUUUCUCCUCCUUUUGUAUCCGCACCGCAUUAUAACUGGGAACGCUGUCGUACUU